AUGCAACAAGCCUUCCACUCGGCUUUUCAUCCAUCGGAAGAUGAUGACUAUUUACUUGAUGUCGAGGACGUAGCUCCAUCGGUCAUUGCAAAACUGAAAGAAAAGCAUCUUACAAUGAAAAGUAUAAAAUCAAUGAAGCUCUCAGAGUUGUCCAGUUAUAUCGGAGAGCCCAUGGACACUUGUAGUAAAAUUAUGAAAUAUGUGAAAGGAGAUGCUUCUUUGAUAAGAAAUAAAUUAUUAUUACAAAACAAGAUGACCACGAAGGCCGCACAAGAUUUGGCAGGAGGUAGCAACAACACAUCAGCCAUGUUACCCUCAUCAUCAACUUCGGGAUUACUUUCUCAACAUUUAUCGACAUUAGCGUUGCUGGAACGAGAAUGUGAUCCGACAAGAUGUAUCAAAACUUUUUGCAAAGAUCUAGACGAUGCACUAGGAGGAUAUGGAGUAAGAACUGGUGUAAUAACUGAUAUAUGUGGAGUACCAGGAAUUGGUAAAACUCAAAUAGCAAUUCAACUAGCAGUCGAUGUUCAGAUGCCAGCAAUAUUUGGUGGUAUUGGUGGUGAAUGUCUAUAUAUCGAUACUGAAGGAAGUUUUACUAUUGAGAGAACGAAAGAAAUUGCUGAAGGUUUUGUGAGUCACUUACAUGGAAUUGCAUCCAGACAAGGAGACAAAGAUAUUACGAAAAAAGAUGCCAUGAUGGAAGCUCUUAAAGAUUUUAACGUAGAAAAGAUAUUAGGAGGAAUUUAUUACUAUCGAGCGGUGACUUUGAGUGAAUUUGUUGGAUUGAUACUAGUUCUUCCAGAAAUUCUCAAAUGGAGAAACAAAGUCAAGUUGGUUGUCGUUGAUAGUAUUGCUUUCCAUUUGAGGAAAUCAAGCUCUGAUGAUACCAUGAAAGAUGAACUCAAGAAAUCCAUUGGGCCAUCCUUGAGUUCUCUUGCUAAAGAUUUUGAUUUGGCCGUUGUAACAACUAAUCAAGUGACAACCAAGUUUGUGAAGAAGGAUGAUUCCUCGAGAAAUGUACACUAUUUUGCUCCCUCACUCAAUCAUUUGUGGAUUAACCAUGUAACCUGCAGCAUUUUCUUAGAAUUUGUAAAUUCCAACAGAGUAGCUCGAAUUGUAAAGGGCCCAUCUGGGAAAGAACGAACGAUUCCUUUCAGAAUUACCAAAGCUGGUUUUCGAGGAGUGCUGCCCACAACCCAAAAAUCUCUUGCUGCUGUUGAAACAGAAAGUACAAACACCCACACUCUCACAACUGAAUACAACGAGCCAGAAGAUGCAAGCAACCUCAAAAGAAAGAGAAAAUAA